AUGGUAAAGCGACCACUCCAACCUGAUCCCGCUUCAGGUGCAAAGCGACUAACACUGCGGCAGAGAAUCCCAAUCAGGGGUCCCUCCGUCGUCAACGAGAAGACUGGCUCUUCUCAAGCUUCGCCAUUACAUGCGAGCCUCUCAUUACAUCCAGUCUCGGCCAAGGAGGCGCUGAUCGUCAAAGUCACCCCCCCUCAUGAGCCGGUAGAAAAACUCCGCCAAAAUAAAAACUACCAUGUUCCGUGUGACAUCGUACUGGUCAUCGAUGUCUCGGGGAGCAUGGGCGCCCCGGCCGACGUGCCCGGCGAGGUAGAGAGCACUGGGCUUUCGGUUCUUGACCUCACUAAACAUGCAGCCAUGACCAUCAUCGAGACGCUCGACAAAGACGACCGCCUAGGAAUUGUGACAUUCGGCAGCAGAUCUAAGGUUGUGCUGACCCUUACUUCCAUGAAUGAUGAGGGCAAGAAAGGCGCCCGUGAAAGGGUCAGGGAGAUCGAGUCCCGUGACGCCACAAACCUGUGGCAUGGUAUGCUUGACGGUAUCAAGGUUUUGAGACAGGGUACGCCAUCGAGCCGAGUGCCGGCACUCAUGAUCUUGACCGACGGAAAGCCCAACCACAUGUGUCCCGAGCAGGGUUAUAUCCCCAAGCUUCGUUCUAUGGAGUCCUUGCCCGGUUCUGUUCAUACAUUCGGAUUUGGCUACAACCUUGAAUCUGGUCUCCUCAAAGCCAUCGCUGAGUUUGGAGGCGGCAACUACGCCUUCAUUCCAGAUGCUGGUAUGAUCGGAACCGUCUUUGUUCACGCUAUCGCCAACCUACAGUCGACUUUUGCAACGAAGGCUGUUCUCACUCUGUCUUAUCAAGAGCCAUUGUCACUUGAGGAGAUCAGGGGUGACUAUAUCGGGAGACACGCACCAAAGUCUGACGGCCCAGAGAGCACACUUACUUUGGAAUUGGGUAACCUGCAAUAUGGCCAGACACGAGACAUCUACAUCUCGGCGAAGGGUAUAGGAGAAGACCCCUUUGAUGAAAAGGGAGUGACUAGCGUGACGGCCCGUCUGAACUAUUUCCCAAGCGGAGGCAAGCCAAUGGGGUCCGCCGAUGCAACAUGCAGCAUGCUGGCAGAUGCCGAGCUCUCACCGAACGAGAUCGCAUACCACGAGUCGAGGACGCUGAUAUCCUGGUUUCUCGCAUCCAUCUUCCCCGCCAAUGUCAAGGAAGUCUACCAAGCACUCAAGCACGAGCAACUCAAGGCCAAGGUGGCUGAGCUUCCCGAGCUGAUCAAGGAACUUCCAGCCCAGAAAUUCGACGACGAGCUGAACAAGUCUCUCGUCGAGGACCUCGCAGGAGAAGAGCCCAGAGGCCAAAUAUCCAUCGCUCUCCGCACCCCAGAGUAUUUCCGCAAAUGGGGCAUACACUACCUCCCCUCCAUCCACAACGCCCACACCAGGCAGAUCUGCAACUCCUUCAAAGACUCUGGCCCCCAGAAGUACGGCAACGAUAGCCCGCUCUUCAUCGCUUGCCGUCAGCGCCUCGACAAUGCCUUUGAUCAACUCCCCGCCCCCGAGCCAUCAGCUCCACACCUCCGCUAUGCGGCAUCCUCAAGCCCCCCGACCUCCAACCACCACCCCUUCUCGAACCAGCCCUUCUCCAUGUCCCGCUACCACAACCCGGCGGGCAGCUGCUUCGCCGGCUCCACCCCCGUGGAGCUCGCGUCCGGCCGCCGC